AUGUCCCUCCUGGGUUCCGUAGUUCUGGGGCCACAUCUUCAUGCUGUUGUCUUUUUAGGCCAAAACCACAACUACUACAGCUACAACUACAACUACAACUACAGCUACAACUUCAACUACAACUACAACUACACCUACACCUACAACUUCAACUACAACUACACCUACAACUACAACUACAACGCCCUGGGCAGUGUGGUCAGCACCGUGGUCAGCUUGGUCAGCACCCUGGACAGCAUGGACAGCGCCAAGACCGUGGGCAGCCUGGACACAUCCAACACCCUGGGCACCUUGCACAGCGCCAAGACCGUGGACAGCCUGGACAGCGCCAAGACCGUGGACAGCAUGGCCAGCGCCAAGACCAUGGACAGCAUGGCCAGCGCCAAGACCAUGGACAGCAUGGCCAGCGCCAAGACCAUGGACAGCAUGGCCAUGGAGGCGCUGGAGUGGGUGGAGAGGCGGGAGGCGCUGGAGAAGGCGGACAGGCGGGAGAAGGUGGAGAAGGCGGACAUAACCACACCCUUGAACAGCUUGGUCAGAUCUUGGCCAACCAUGUGGACACCAAUUUGAACAUUUCUAGUUCAUUAAAAUAUGC